AGGGGGAGCGAAGGAGAGCUCAUAGGGUCUGAUAUGUCCGCCAUCUUGAAGUGUCGGUGAUGGUGGCGAGCGCUCGCUUUCCCGUCUGAGCCGAGGCAGACCGGGACCCGAGACGGGGAGACGCGCUCGCCGAGGAAGAAAUCUACUUCAUCUUAACCUAAUUCAGUCCUGCUAAUCUGCUAAUAUUGUAGAUUGAAAGAUUUUGCUGUUGCCAGGAUAUCCUGUAAUGGGCAAGGAGCCACAGAGAAUACAAAUCGUUUUGUUUUCUUAACCUUUUAAAAACUUUUGUUAACAGGGACCUGGGCUCCUGUUGGAAACUGAUGGAAUAAUCUCUGCUCGGCACCUGCCAUGUUGAGGGAGCACCCCUAAUACAGCUUGCCUGGGAGACAGUUUGUGAAAUAACGCAGUAACAUGUUUGCAGUAACCAGCAUGUUUUGGAAAUUUGAUCUCCAUUCAUCAUCCCACAUAGACACACUUCUAGAAAGAGAAGAUGUAACUCUGAAGGAAUUGAUGGACGAGGAGGAUGUUUUGCAGGAAUGCAAAGCUCAGAAUCGCAAACUCAUAGAGUUUCUGUUGAAAUCAGAAUGUCUGGAAGAUUUAGUUUCAUUUAUUAUAGAAGAACCACCUCAAGACAUGGAUGAAAAGAUCAGAUACAAGUAUCCGAACAUAUCUUGUGAGCUUCUUACGUCAGAUGUCUCACAGAUCAAUGACAGACUGGGAGAAGAGGAGUCCUUACUUAUGAAACUGUACAGCUUCCUAUUAAAUGAAUCCCCUCUCAACCCUUUAUUGGCCAGUUUCUUCAGCAAGGUGCUAAGUAUUCUUAUUAGCAGAAAACCGGAACAGAUUGUGGAUUUCUUAAAGAAAAAACAUGAUUUUGUAGACCUCAUUAUAAAGCACAUAGGGACCUCUGCUAUUAUGGACUUAUUGCUCAGGCUGCUCACUUGUAUAGAACCUCCACAACCCAGGCAAGAAGUAUUAAAUUGGUUAAAUGAGGAGAGAAUUAUCCAGCGGCUUGUAGAAAUUGUACAUCCGUCUCAAGAUGAAGAUAGGCAUUCAAAUGCAUCACAGUCGCUCUGUGAAAUUAUUCGCCUGAGCAGAGACCAGAUGUUACAAGUACAGAACAGUUCAGAACCAGACCCGCUGCUUGCAACUCUAGAAAAGCAAGAAAUUAUAGAACAGCUACUAUCAAAUAUUUUUCAUAAAGAGAAAAAUGAGUCUGCAAUAGUCAGUGCAAUCCAAAUAUUACUGACCUUACUUGAGACAAGACGACCAACAUUUGAAGGUCAUAUAGAGAUCUGUCCUCCGGGCAUGAGCCAUUCAACAUAUUCAGUCAACAAAAGUGUUUUAGAAGCCAUAAAAGCACGACUUGCAUCCUUCCAUGAGCUACUACUUGAGCCCCCGAAAAAAAGUGUUAUGAAGACAACAUGGGGCGUAUUGGAUCCGCCUGUGGGAAACACUCGCUUAAAUGUGAUUAGGUUGAUAUCCAGCCUUCUACAGAGUAACACAAACAAUGUGAACUUGGAAAUUAUGGAGUUGAACAGUAUAGGAGUUGUAUUGGAUAUGUUCUUUAAAUACACAUGGAAUAACUUCCUGCAUACUCAAGUAGAAAUCUGUAUUGCAUUGAUUCUUGCAAGUCCCCUUGAAAGUACAGAAAAUGGCACAAUUACAGAUCAGGACUCCAUUGGGGACAAUCUCUUACUGAAACAUCUUUUUCUUAAGUGCCAAUUAGUGGAACGAAUACUUGAAGCAUGGGAAAUGAAUGAGAAGAAACAGGCUGAAGGAGGAAGGCGGCAUGGUUAUAUGGGUCAUUUAACAAGGAUAGCUAACUGUAUUGUGCACAGUACUGAUAAGGGGCCAAACAGCGCACUAGUACAACAGCUUAUUAAAGAGCUUCCAGAUGAUGUCCGGGAGCGAUGGGAGACCUUCUGUACAAACUCCUUAGGAGAAACUAACAAAAGGAACACCGUGGAUCUAGUUACUACCUGUCACAUUCAUUCAUCCAGCGAUGAUGAAAUCGACUUUAAAGAAACUGGUUUUUCACAGGAUUCUUCUUUGCAGCAAGCCUUUUCUGAUUAUCAGAUGCAACAAAUGACGUCCAAUUUUAUUGACCAGUUUGGCUUCAACGAUGAGAAGUUUGCUGAUCAAGAUGACAUCGGGAAGGUCCAGUCUUCCAAAAGAAUCUGCCUUGGUGGACCAUUAUGUCUUCAGAGUCUUCCUGAAGUCCAUGGUGUAUCUUUUGAUAGAGUGUCAGAUAUCAACUUUACCCUCAAUACAAAUGAAAGUGGGAAUAUUGCAUUGUUUGAGGCGUGCUGUAAGGAGAGGAUACAGCAGUUUGAUGAUGGUGGUUCUGAUGAAGAAGAUAUAUGGGAGGAAAAACACAUUGCGUUUACACCAGAAUCCCAGAGACGAUCCAGCUCGGGCAGUACGGACAGUGAAGAAAGUACAGACUCUGAGGAAGAGGAUGGAACAAAACAAGACUUGUUUGAAUCAAAUACCAAUACAGAAGACAAAAUGGAAGUGGACUUAAAUGAACCACCAAACUGGUCGGCUAACUUUGACGUACCCAUGGAAACUGCACAUGGUGCCAAUUUGGAUUCUGUUGGGUCUGAUGUAUGGAGCACUGAAGAACCUAUGCCAGGAAAAGAAACUGGCUGGGCUUCUUUUUCAGAGUUUACAUCUUCUCUAAGUUCUAAAGAGUCUUUAAGAAGCAAUUCUCCAGUGGAAAUGGAAACAAACACAGAACCAAUGGAUCCCCUGAGUGCAAAUGUAUCUGCACUUGCAACACAGCCAGAGGCCCAAGGAAGUGUUGCUAUGGAGGCCAGCUCAGAUGGAGAAGAUGAUGUGGAAAAUGCAGACAAGGUAACUGAGACAGUAAUGAAUGGCAGCAUGAAGGAAACACUGAGUCUUACCGUAGAUGCUAAAACUGAAACAGCUGUCUUCAAAAGUGAGGAAGGAAAAUUGUCUACCUCGCAAGAUGUUUCUUGUAAAUAUGUGGUGGCAGAGAACAUAGAAGCUGUAGAAGAAAUUCCUGCUACUCCACAGCCUGAUAGCAGCAGUCCCGAACAGAGGACUGAUCAACAAACCCUUUUAGGAGAGGCAGCUGUUAAUGGCCCUGUAUGAUACGUGAUGUCUGCUGCUGUUGGCUGAAGAACACGAACUGGUAUCCAGGAGUUUUAGUGUUUCUCAAGGAUUUCAUCUAGAGCCUGUCAAAGCCAGUCACUGCUGCACUAAUUUCGCAAGGGAUCAGGACCAGCAACAUUUAUAUUCUAGAUUUUAAGACAUUGUACAGAAAUUCAUAAGUGUAAAAAAUAUUGCACAUUGAGAAUUACCAAUACUUUUUGCGUAUGUUUAUAUUGUAUUGUUCUAAAUAAUGGGUGGCCUGUGAAAUAAGAUCUUGCCACCCGGGUAAUGAUAGUAGUAAUACUAUAGUUAAAAUGGCUGUAAGAAUAGUUUUAUAAAAAAGUGAAUACGCAAAUCUAAUGUAUUUGAGACAUAACUAUUUGACAAUUAGUGUGACCAAAGUAUUUAGCAGUUUUCAUACAUUUUUUCACCUUGUAAAAAUAAAAUUAAAAAAUUCAUGUUUCUUCCAGGUUGGCGAAGAAUUGUAGAACUGAAAUGCCCUAUAAAUGUUAUUUUGGUUGUUUUAGCUUACAAAAGUGAUUUAAAUAAGAAUUUUUGGUGUUCAGCGUUUUACAACAGGUUUUUAAUUGGUAAUUGUUUUCUGUAUUGUUUAAAUCAGAUCAGAAAUGCAAGUCUAUUGGUAGAGAUUUUAAGUAUUUAUUACUACAACUUAGGUGACAAAUUGAUGUUACUGUAAAGCCAUAUGUUCUGUUAGUCUUGUUUGCUUGAAACAAUACCUUACAGGUGAAACACUAGAAUAUUUGAAGUGCACAUGGCUGCUUGUUUUUUAAAGUGAUUCACCUACCUUUGAACCCAUUCACGAGAUUUACUUUAAUACCAAGCAUUAUACAAUUGAACAUUUUAGAACAAUUUACAUAUUUAAAACAGCAUAAUCCUGUUAGACAAGUCAGCUAAGUGAAAUGCCUGUGCUGCUAAUGUAAUUACAGUACAUGCAUUUUAAAAACAAAAUUUGGCACCUGAGCAUGUUGAUUGUUUCUUUCACUGUAUUGAUCUGUGUGAGGCUUUCAUUUGUAAGUUCCAAACCAUUUUUUUCACAGCUGGUUUGUAUAUAUAUAUAGUGAUUAUGGAAACUAAUUCUGCGUAAUUUAUAAUUUUCUAUGUUAGUAUGAAAUUCCAACAGCCUUCUCAAACAAACAGAAGCAAUAUACUGUAUAUUGCCACAUUGGUGAAAGGGUUAAAGUACUUCACCUCUUGCACUUUUAGAUGCAAAUCCAUUUUUAUUUCUGUAAUAGGAAGUUAGUCAUUUAUUUUUACAUUGUUUUCCUGACCAGUAUUUAAAGCCAAAAGGAUACUCUAAACAAUGGCCAAUGAUUUAUUUUAGAAAGUGUCCCAAGCAACGUGCCUAAACAUUACAUUGCAUACAGAAAUAAAAAAACAAAUGUAUAAUGGUA